UAAGCAUACAUUUGCAUACAUCGAUGAUAUGCAGAUAUGAUUGGUCAAUGGUCGUUGGCCACGGGUCAGUAAUCUGAUGACAUUGGACUUGAGCGCGACGCUAAAAUGUUAUUUUUUGUCUGUGUUUUGCUUGUGGAACUCAUUACGGCAGAUGCUGCUUGCCCCACUAUAGUUUCCAAGAAGGAUUGGGGCGGUCUGAAGCCAAAACAUGUCAAGUAUCUACCAAGGCCCGUGGACCUCGUCAUAAUACAACACACUGCUACUCCGUUCUCGUCCACAGAUGCCACAUGUGCUGAAGCCGUACGAAGUAUUCAGGAUUAUCAUGUUGAUACACUUGGCUAUUGGGAUAUAGGAAUGAACUUUUUAGUCUGUGGAAACGGUAAGAUAUACGAAGGCUGUGGGUGGUUGCACGUGGGGGCCCAUACCUACGGCUACAACAGUAAAUCAAUUGCGGUCUCCUUUAUCGGAAAUUAUAACAACGAUGAACCGACACGCGCCCAAAUAGACGCUGCGAAAAGCUUAUUAGAAUGUGGUGUGGGUUCUGGACAUUUGAAGUCGGAUUAUAAAGUAGUUGGACAUAAGCAGCUGGUUGCUAUAGAGAGUCCAGGCAGGAAACUGUACCAGGAGAUCAGAAACUGGCCGGAAUGGUUGGAAGAUGUAUCGUCCAUUAAAAACUGAUGUUAUCGUGUAAAAAAAGUCUUCCUAUUAUUAAAAUUACUUCAAAAUUACAAUAA